CUGCAUACCCGCCAGCCUAGGGGGAGGUUGGCUCGGAAGUGAGUUUCCGGCAUUAUGGCGGGGUCACUCCUGGGCCAGGACUCUGGAAGCACAGCUGCAGUCACUGUGAUAAAGCGGGCGUUGGAACUAGAGUCCGAGUCCCGGUACCCGCAGGCUCUGGUGUGUUACCAGGAGGGGAUUGAUCUGCUCCUGCAGGUUCUGAAAGGCACCAAAGAUGUAACAAAGAAGUCUAAUCUCAGAAAAAGAAUUUCUGACUACAUGGAUAGAGCAGAAAACAUAAAGAAAUACUUGGAUCAAGAAAAAGAAGCUGGAAAAUAUCACAAGCAAAUUAAAAUAGAAGAGAACGCAACAGGUUUCAGUUAUGAGUCACUUUUUCAAGAAUACCUGAAUGAAACAGUUACGGAAGUUUGGAUAGAAGAUCCUUACAUUAGACACACUCAUCAGCUGUAUAACUUCCUUCGAUUUUGUGAGAUGCUGGUUAAGGGACAAUGUAAAAUAAAAACUAUUCAUCUCCUCACCUCUCUGGAUGAAGGCAGUGGGAAAGAACAGCAAAGUAGUGGCCUGGAAGAAAUAAGAGAGUCACUCAGGAAUCAUGGAGUGCAGUUGGAAUUAGAAUACUCUUCCUUGAUACACGACCGGGAAAUUAGGUUCAACAAUGGAUGGAUGAUUAAGAUCGGAAGGGGACUUGAUUAUUUUAAGAAACCACAGAGUCGUUUUUCCCUUGGAUAUUGUGAUUUUGAUUUAAGACCAUGUCAUGAAACAACAGUGGACAUUUUUCAUAAUAAGCACACAAAAAAAAUAUGAUGGGUAGUAGCCUAAUUUACAUUAUAUAUUUCUAUUUUAAAUGAAGAUUGGAUUUUUUUUUUUUUUUUUUUUACUCUGGACAGAUCAUUCCUAUAACGUAUGAAUUUAACAAUAAACUUUUACAUUUCUACUAAUUUAUAGAUUC